UACGUCAUCAAACCUUGUAUACGCAAAUUAUCGAGACGUUUUACGGAACGGAAGUUGUGAGUUGCUCAGUAUUUAUCAAGCACUAUUCGACACACUGAUUGACAAAACGUGACCACGUUAUUCUUAGCUAGACGUGUAACGACAUCUUAUUACAACGAUUAUAGAAACAGCCGAGGAAGGAUGGAUAGUCUUGACGCAUCUGAAAAGAAGAAGAUAUCAGAGGUGAUGAAGAAAGCCAGACAUGGGCAAACAGAUGUGGGGAACAUGGAUUGGAUGUAUACGCGAGACAAGACCAAUACAGAUGACUACCUGCUUGGCAAGAAGAUUGAUGAACAUUUCGAGAGGGGGGAUAAGACUCCCCCUAAAGAAGAUGAUGUGUUUGGAGAACGCAUCAAAGCUAACAUUGCUUUGGACAUGCAGGCCAAAAUGAGGGAGGACCCACUGUAUGCCAUCAAGAAACGUGAAGAGGAAUCAAAACGUAAAAUUCUCAACAAUCCUGUUAAGAUGAAAGAAUUGCAGAAGAUGGUAGCUCAACAGAAGAAGGAAAAGAAAAAGAAGAAGAAACACAAACACAAACACCGACAUGGUGGUUCUGAUGAGGAAGAUCUUGUACAGCAAUAUUUGUCAAUACUGAGUCAAAAACAGCAUCAACACUCUCAGUCAGCACAGCUACCACGCACAAAGUCUGGUAAACACAACAAACACCAGCGUAGCUCCAGUUCUGACUCUAAUGACCCUCCACCAAGACACAGGAGACGCAGUCCCUCUUCUGAUGCAAACAACCCUCCCCCCAGACAGUCUCGACACCAGAGAAGUAGUCCUUCAGAGGAGGAGGACUCAAGACCUUCAAAAGCAUAUGGUUUAAUUAAAACUGUGAAUCACCGAUCAAGGUCCCCAGCAGUGGGUCGUCAGAGAAAGGACUCGCUAUCACCUGUCAGACACAAAACCCAUGGGGGUAAGUCCCGGGGUCAGCCUCCCUCCCCCUCUUACAGAAAGCCUUCACACAAACACAGGAGUCCUUCUCCACAAAGGAAACACAAAACGAGGUCUAGGAGUAGGUCUCCAAGAAGGAAGUAUGGCAAUCAUUUGCAAAGAAAGAAUCACCAGGCAAGCAGUCCCUCUCCUCAAAGAAAAAGGCAUCUGGGGAAGAAGCGGUCCCCAUCACCACCGAGAAGGAAGCUGACAGAUGAGGAGAGACAAAGGCGGUUGCAGGAGAUGAUGGACAACGCUAGGUGGAGGGAUGAACAGAGGAAGAGCAAUGUGCAGAGAUACCAAGAGGAAGACAGGAAGGAAGAAGCAGAACAGAAAAAGAAGGGAAGCAGUGCUGACUUUAUUAAUCCUCUGAUGGCUCAGCAUGCCAGCAGCAGCACUGUGGAGGACCGACUCAAGCGCAACAAGUACAACAUUCAAAGGACAAAAGCAGCUUUGGAUAAAAACUUCACCAAACACUGACAUGGAAUGCAGCUAGAACCAGACAUGGGCAAGUGAGAUAUCGAUGUGUCUCCGUUACAAAUAUCAUGAGUACUUGGGGUUCCCCUUGGGCUGAUAUAGCUGCAAGCAUGGUUACUGACACUCUAUAUAUUAGUCAUUGGAACAACAGAGGAUCAGUGGAUGCAGAUGGUAUCAUGUCAAGGUGGCAUGGCGGGAUAAAAAGCAUCCUGGUGAAUUCUCCAUGGCGAUAAGAGAUAAUAAGUGAGUGAGUUAAGAUUUAACUUUGCAUCAGCUAUGCAUCAGCCAUGUGGCAACUCUCUAGAAAUAAUGUGUCCAUGGUGGCAUGACUGGAGAUUUGAAGGAUGUUGUAACCAUGAUGACUGGAGAUAAAGUGUCACGGAUGAUGUCAGAUACCAGAACUUCCUCAUGUCCAUCAUCACACUCAUGAUUCUGGUAGACUAACUAGUGACAUGAAUACUGACAUAGUGCAGUGUAACUAUAUUUGAAUUGUGAUUGCAUACAUGACAUUACCAUGUGAUGUGUUUUUAAAUAAAUUGUCUUUAUCAACAA